AUGGCAGCAGAGAAGAAGGCCGCAGAGCAAAAGACGACAGACAAGUCGUCAGCAAGAGCAUGGGAUGGACUCACACCCGCACUGUCAGACUGGAUGCUGGACGCCAUCUCCAGCAUGGGCUUCCAGCGCAUGACGCCUGUGCAAGCGAGUACAAUUCCGCUCUUCAUGGGUCACAAGGAUGUCGUCGUUGAAGCUGUCACUGGUAGUGGCAAGACUCUAUCCUUCCUAAUUCCCGCCGUCGAGCGUCUCUUACGAGUCGACGAACCCAUCAAGAAGCACCAUGUCGGCGCCAUCAUCAUCUCGCCGACCAGAGAACUCGCAACCCAGAUCCAUUCCGUCCUCGUAUCAUUACUACAGUUCCAUCCUCCGUCCGCUGCUGUCCGACCGAAAGGCAUCGACGACGACGAUGAAGAAAUGACCGACGAGAACGCUCCCCCGAAACCUACCUUUCCCUCCUCGACUCCCAAGGUUGUGCCACAACUGUUACUCGGAGGCACUACAACGCCCGCCCAAGAUUUGUCUGCUUUCCUCCGUACCUCACCAAACCUUCUGAUCGCUACUCCCGGGCGCCUGCUGGAACUGCUCUCUUCACCCCACGUACACUGUCCGCAGUCCUCUUUCGAGCUCUUGAUCAUGGAUGAAGCCGAUAGACUGCUUGAUCUUGGUUUCAGUGAUACUCUACAGAAGAUUCUCUCGAGAUUGCCGAAGCAGAGGAGAACGGGUCUUUUCAGUGCUAGUGUAUCUGAAGCUUUGGAUCAGCUUGUCCGCGUAGGCUUAAGAAACCCCGUCAGAAUUGCAGUCAAAGUCAAGAGUGCCUCCGGCGCUCACGACAAGCGCACACCCGCCAGUCUGCAAAUGUCAUAUCUGACGACGAGUCCCCGUAUGAAGCUACCUGCUUUGAACCGCUUACUCGUCCAGCUGCCCUCGACACCUCAAAAGACAGUCUUAUAUGUCUCGACAUGCGCAACUGUCGAUCACUACCAACACAUACUUUCCGAAGUCCUCCCAAAACAAUUCAAGAUCGUGCCCCUCCAUGGCAAACACCCGCCAAACGUGCGCACCAAGAACUUUGGCAAAUUUGUCAACUCGAUUGAGCCGUCGAUCCUUCUCACUACCGAUGUGGCAGCGCGAGGUCUGGAUAUCCCUUCAGUCGAUCUCGUAGUACAACUAGACCCACCCAGUGACCCGAAAACAUUCCUUCACCGAUGCGGACGUGCAGGAAGAGCAGGAAGACGAGGAUUGGCUGUGACAUUUUUGAGCAAAGGCAAAGAGGAGGAUUAUGUUGAAUUUCUGCGCAUCCGAAAGACACCUAUCUCACCACUGACAACUCCUGCUAUUGAACCAACAGAAGAGGAGGCUAAUGAGACGACACGGAAGAUCCGAGAGGUGCUCAAGUCGGAUCGAGCGUUACAUGACAAGGCACAGAGAGCUUUUGUGAGUUGGGUGCAAGCAUACAGCAAACAUUCGGCGAGCAGUAUUUUCCGAGUGCAAGAUUUGGACUGGGAUGAGCUGGGGCAUAGCUGGGGUCUUCUCCGACUACCUAGGAUGCCCGAGCUGAAGAAAUAUCAAGGCGACAAAUUGCUCGGACAGAACAUUGAUUGGGACACAUUUGCGUACAACGACAAGAAGCGGGAAGAGCACAGACUUGACGAGUUGGAAAAGCUAAAGGCUAAUGGAGGGCCGGCAAACAAGAGGGCAGGUGAUGGCAAGACAAAGGAAGAGAGGCGGAAAGACAGGGCAUGGACAGCACAAAAGGAUGCAAAGGCGACAAAGGAGCAGCGUCGUGAGAUCAAGCUGGCACGGCGCGAACACGAGAGGCAGAAGAAGCUCACGCCAGAAGAGAAGAAGAAGGAAGCCGAACUGCAAGCCAUGAUUGAGGCAGUACGGGCAAGAGGCGAGCAGGAGAGCGAGUUUGAAGGGUUCGACGACUGA